UUUUUGCCCGCUUGAUGUGUGUUUUUUGUUGGUCUCCCGAAGACGACCAUCAUGUCCUGAACAACAAUCGCCGCUUUUCUUUAGACACGGAUAGCUUAGAAUUGCCGGUACGUCGCAUGGCCGUCCGCAGCUGACCGUUUGAAACGUCGUAAGGCGACUUGAAAUGGGACUCGGCUAGAAGACGUUUGCGAGUUGAUCUCUUCCAAGCGCGCGUGUUGUGUGUGUGUGUGAAGUGUCCGUGCGGCAUUUGCCUCUUGUGGUCAAGUUUUGUGUGCCCAUAAAUACUGAGACCCGCGACUCGCCGUGUCGUGUGUGUUCGCAGAUUUUGGCCCAGAGACAGCCUCAAGAUGGUUGUGAAAAGACUCGGCGGCGAAGCGCCGCAACCGAGACUGCGUCGGCACCACUUCCUGGAAAACGUGCAAACCAAGACGUUCACUCCCUUGGAAUACCAGGUGGAACUGCUGGACACCGCAAAGCAGCAGAAUUCCAUCGUGUUCCUCUCAUCCGGCAAGACGUUCAUGGUGGUCAUGCUGGUCAAGGAGCUGGCCUACCAGGUCCGGCCGAGCUACGACGACGGCGGCAAGCGAGUGCUGAUUCUUGUCCCAUCAGCCGAAUCCGGUGUCCGACACCAAAAGAUGAUGGAUGACUACACCGACCUGAAGUCCGUCUUCGUCGGCGAUCCCCUCGUCGGCAAGACCGAGGGGCACGUUGACUUCCCCAAACUGUUCCGUGACCACCACGUGCUCGUGAUGACGGCCGGCUCCUUCAACCGCCACUGGGUCGAGGCAGACGCAGACAUCACCGAAGAGCUCGUCGACCACUUGAACCUCGUCGUCUUUGACGAGUGCAAUGAAGCUUUGCGGCACAUCGAGUUCGAGCCCGUGCUGGGCUUCGUCAUGGACUACGUCAUGGAGGGGCGGCUGAGCGUACUCGGGCUUGCGGCGCCGCUCGCGACCAAGAAGAGGCAGCGGCCGUCCUUGCUCGAGGCCGAGAUCCUUGAGCUCGAGGACGGCUUCCAGAGCGUCGCCUGCACCUCGAGCGAGCUGACGGUCGUAAGCAAGUACGGCAGCCGGCCCCGGGAGGUGGUCGUCGAGUAUGCCGCGUACGGAUGCGCGGGCGACGGGGAGUCCGCGGAGAACCUCCGGACGGCACUGCGGCUGCUGGACGAGGCGAUGGAGUUCCUGGGUGGCACAGAGGGUCAGCUGGACGAACGGACCAAGGCCUCACUACGGCAGUCUCAGCGCUACCUGGUCGAACUGUGCUACACCCUCGUCACGCUGGGGCCCUGGUGCGCCCGAGAGGUGGCCGACCUUUUCCUCAAGGAGGUGUCCCAAGCGGUAGACAGCCUGGGUCCAGCCGUGAACUGGUCACGCAUGGCACUCCUCCUGGUGCACACGGUGAUCCAGCAGGUCGCCAAGCUCACCGCGCCUUUGGCCGCGGACCUCGAGCCCAGCGACGCUGCCCAUCAGCCGGCCAAAUUCCGGCACCUGCUGCGGAUACUGCGGGAGUACAGGCCUCCGCGGCCACAGCAGCAGCAAGGUGCCAUAACCAACUCGCACACCGUCCAGGAAAACUGUGUGGCUGUGCAAAAUUCUGUCAAGGAACUUGAUUCGUCGACUGAAGAAACGAGCACACCAGUAGUGGCGGAUUCCGUGACAGCUCCGGUUUCAGCCAGUGACGUGAACAGUGUUGCGCAAUGCUCCGACGACUCUGAAGGACCGCCGCCAGAGAAGAAAGUUCCUGCGACCGGUGAUACCGCGUCGUCUGCCGCUACGUGUCCGGGAGUCGCCGCGUUAUCGUCUGCUUCCGUCGGUGCGCAGAUGACAGGUCCAUCAUCGAACCCCGUAGGCGUGUCGUCCCGCCCUGCAGGCCACCGGACCGACCUCGUCGAUGACCCAAACGCAUUGUGUGGCAUUGUGUUUGUGCGACAGAGGAUCACUGCGUACAUCCUCAGCAUGUGGCUCGCGAAGCUGGCGACGCGCUUCCCGGACGAGUACGGUUUCAUCACCCCCAACUUCCUGGUGGGGCGGACAGCUCCGUCGGCCCUCGGAGACGGGAGCUCGAAUCGCGGCGGUCAGCGGAGUUUGCCGAACCUGCUGACCACCCCGCUCGGACUUCAGCGGCAGGAGGAAGUGCUCCAGAAGUUCCGAUCGCGAGAGUGCAAUCUGCUGGUGGCCACGAGUGUCGUGCAAGAAGGGAUUGAGGUUCCUCGUUGUAACCUAGUGGUGCGUUUCGAUCCGCCGGAGAACUUCCGGGCCUACGUGCAGUCCAAGGGCAAGGCCAAGGCUGCAGGGUCACGCUACUUUGUCCUGGUGCCUCACGACGAAAGCAGCCGCUUUCUGGGUGACCUGCACGACUACCGGACCACCGAGCAGAUCCUCUUGGAACGCAGCCACGUGGAGGAUACCACGAUCGAUGAAGAAGUCGACGCAGCCUAUGCUGACAGCCUGAAGCCGGCCUACAAGCCGCUGGAAGCCGAAGACGCCCCCAGGGUUAGCAUGUCCACUGCCAUUGCCUUGGUCAACCGAUACUGCGCCAAGCUGCCUAGCGACACGUUCACGAGGUUAACGCCCAUCAGCAGCAUGGCGGAGGUCGAGACGGAAGGCUCGGAGGAGACCCUGUACAGCUGUUCGCUGCGGCUGCCCAUCAACUCUCCCCUCAGGCGGUGCAUUGUGGGGGACCCGAUGCCGAGCAAGCUUCUGGCAAAGCAGGCGGCGGCACUCAAGACAUGCGAAGAGCUGCACAGAAUGGGUGAACUCGAUGACAACCUGGUUCCACAGGGGAAGGAGGCCAUGCGGAUGGCACUGGACCAAGGGUCGGCCGGCCGCUUUCCCGAGGAAGACAUCCAGCCUGGCGGACCACGUCCCGGAACCACGAAACGUCGACAGUACUAUGACAAGAAGGUGUCCGAGGUACUGAAGGGCAAGCGAGUGGACGAGAGCGACGAGUUCCACCUGUACGCCUUCGCCAUGAAGCUCACCUGCCCGAUCCCCGAGGAGCAGAACACGCGUGGCCGCAAGAUCCACGACCCGGCCGACACCACCCGAGGCUUCGGACUGGUCACCUCCAGGCGGAUUCCACUCAUCUGCAGCUUCCCGGUGUUCACGCGCUCGGGAGAGGUGACGGUCGAGCUGGAACACGUGAGCUCGGACAUCGGCCCGCUGACCUCGAGCCAAGUUCGCGACCUCACGACAUUUCACCGGUACACGUUCACCAAUGUGCUGCGGCUUGAAAAGUAUCCGAUGACCUUCAACCCCGAGGGCGAUGCCUGCUCCUUCCUGGUGGUGCCCAUCAACGCAGUGAAGCCAUCUGAUGACCAGCCGGGCUCAACGACCAUUGACUGGCAGUUCGUCGAGCGCAUCUGUGAGGAAGAGAAGUUCAUGCCACGCCGAGUGCCCGAAGAAGAGCGCGAGCUUUUUGUGUUCAAGGAAGAAGACUACCUCGACACUGUCGUGACGCCCUGGUACCGCAACUUGGACAAACCCCAGUUCUUCUAUGUGGCAGAGAUUUGCCACGACCUGAACCCGCUCAGCGACUUUCCAGAUGCGGGCUUCGAUACGUUUGACGCAUACUACAGGGAAAAGUACCAAAUACGAGUGGUGGACGGUCGUCAGCCGCUGCUGGACGUGGACCACACAUCGGCGCGCCUCAACCUGCUCACGCCACGCUACGUGAACCGCAAGGGCGUAACGCUGCCGACCUCGUCGGAGCAGACCAAGCGGGCCAAGCGCGAGAGCCUGCAGCAGAAGCAGAUCCUGGUGCCCGAACUGUGCGCCAUCCACCCGUUCCCGGCGUCCCUCUGGCGCAAGGCUGUCUGCCUGCCCUGCAUCCUCUACAGAAUGAAUUCCCUGCUGCUGGCCGAGCAGCUGCGGCUGAUGGUGGCGCGUGAGGUGCGUGUCGGGCGCCUGGAGCUUCCCGAGGGCUUCAAGUGGCCAACCCUGGACUUUGGCUGGACCCUGGCUGACGUGCUACAAAAGGCCCAGGAGGCCGCCAAGGCUGAGGAAGAGCGUGCUGCCGAGCUGAUGGAGCGCACGGGCAUCCAACCCGUCCGCCUCUCGCCUCCGCCGCCAGUGAUAAACGCGUGGCGCCCGCCCCAGCCCUACCAACCGCCCGUGUUCCAGCAGGACCAGGAGCUUGUCAUUGACACAUUCGACCCCAGCAAAGUUCACAUUCCGGACGACGACCAGUUGGCUGAUGCCGAGGUCAGCGCUCUGAACCUCGGCGGACCCAAGGGUCCUAACUUCGACUGGAAACCGCUUCCCAAACUCCCGGGUGAGCCCACGCCAGUUCCGCGAAUCCGCUACGGAUCUCCGAGUAACUUCGAAGCCGAGGGCUGGGACUCCGAGUGGGACACGGACAUGGAAGACAGUUCGUUUGUCACCUUGGACAUGCCGGGACUGGGCUAUAUCUCGGCGCCCGGCAUGUUCAACAUGCAGGGCCUGUCGUUAGACCUGGCCUCGUGCCGCGACGACGACGUUUGGGACAGCUUCGAUGAGGACGAGGAUGAGCCGGAGCUGGACUUCUCGCGGUCCGAGUGGAACGAGUCUAUGUCCGAGGCCGGCGGAAACGAAGACGAAGCAGGCCAGUUGCUGAAGAUCAGCGACAAGCCGGAGAACAAGGAAGAUGAGAAGAGGCCUGAAGAACAGCUGGACUGGCUGUCGCACUGCAGCAAGGACCAGCGCAGCAAGUCUGCAAAUGCCUUCGUGGACGAGGUGGACGACGAAAGGGAGGUUGAUCCGUUUGUCGAAGAGAAGGUCGCGGCACUCCGGUUGGCGUGCAUCGAGAAGCUAGAAGUCUGGAGAUGCAGCGAAGAAGAAGCGAAACUCGCGACCCAGAAGGCCAUCUACAAGUCCUUUCGUAAGGUCUCGGAAGCCCUGAAGCUCAUUGCGGAGUAUGAAGACGACCGGCCCUUGAAGAAGGACGAGCCUCUGGCUCCGGCGGUCCGCGACAGUGGAGCUGCCGCUGGCGGAGCUGGAGCUUCGCAGGCACCGGAAGGGAGCGUGUUGCCAUUUGGUGAGCUUUUACCCGACAGGGACUCCGUCGAGCGUGGAAGUGGAGACGUGUCGCAGGUUCGCUUCGACGAGCGACCCGACCUCGGCAGUCACUGCGGGCCGAGCCCCAGCAUUCUGCUUCAAGCGCUGACGAUGUCCAAUGCCAAUGACGGCAUCAAUCUGGAGCGUCUUGAAACGGUAGGUGACUCCUUUCUCAAGUAUGCCGUGACGGCCCACCUCUACUGCACGUAUCCAAGCGUGCACGAGGGCAAGCUCUCCCACCUGCGGAGCCGGCAAAUCAGCAACCUCAACCUCUAUCGGCUCGGUCGGGCUCGCCGCCUUGGCGGCCUAAUGGUCGCCACCAAGUUCGAGCCCAGCGACAACUGGCUUCCUCCCGGCUACACUGUGCCUCCCGGACUGGAACGGGCUCUCAUCGAGUCGGGCCUUCCGGCGGGCCACUGGAACAUAGCGGCCCUUGCCGGACUCAACCAGAUGGACGAGGCCCAGAUUCGGCAGACCCUUGCCGAGCGGUCCAACAAGGUCCGUAACCUCGACGAGGUUCUGGCUGACGAGCAGAGCCUGGACAAUGCGCCCUACGUGCCGUACAACCUCCUGACGCAGCACAGCAUUCCCGACAAGAGCAUCGCAGACUGUGUCGAAGCGCUGAUCGGUGCCUACCUCGUGUCGUGCGGUCCUCAUGCGACUCUCCUCUUCAUGUCUUGGUUGGGGCUAGACGUGCUUCCCCAGAAUUGCACCGCGGAGACCCUUGCAAACUUUGGCGUCAUGCUGUACGGUACGCUGGAGCCGCCGCUCGUCGUGCCCGACGCGGGACCGCAGUUGGACGAGCUCCUCUCCGGUUACGACGCGUUCGAGGCGCGCAUCGGUUAUCGGUUUCGCGACCGGGCCUACCUGCUGCAAGCCUUCACUCACGCGUCAUAUCACUACAACCGGCUCACAGACUGUUAUCAGCGACUCGAGUUCUUGGGUGAUGCAGUGUUGGACUACUUGAUAACCCGCCACCUCUACGACGACCCCCAGCGACACUCGCCGGGCACGUUGACCAUCCUGCGGUCGGCGCUGGUGAACAACACUUUCUUUGCCUCUCUGGCAGUCAAAUACGACUUUCACCGGUACUUCAAGAAUGUGUCGCCGGGCCUGUUUGCAGUCAUCCAGAGGUUUGUUGAGAUGAAGAGGCAGAACAAUGGCCUUGGAUACCACGAGGAGUACUACUUGGAGGAAGAGGAGUGCGAGGAAGCAGAGGAGGUGGAAGUGCCCAAGGCUCUUGGCGACAUCUUUGAAUCGGUGGCUGGCGCCAUCUUCCUCGACUCCAACAUGUCCCUGGACACAGUGUGGCAGGUGUACUACACCAUGAUGAAGCCUGAGAUAGAAUACUUCAGCACGCACGUGCCUAAGUCGCCAAUCAGGGAACUUUUGGAGCUGGAGCCCCAGACUGCCAAAUUUGAGCGCGCCGAGAUGACUCUCAACGGCAAGGUCCGGAUCCGAGUGGAGGUCUUCGGCAAGGGCCGCUUCGUCGGCGUCGGCCGCAACAAGCGCAUCGCCAAGUGCACGGCCGCCAAGAGGGCGCUGCGAGCGCUCAAGCGCAUGCGGCAAGAAGGCGGCGGCACCGCCACCAACGUGCACACCACGUUCUAGGCCGUCGUCCGCCGGCUCGCUUUUCAGUCCGACUCGUCCGCUAGCACCUUGCCUCGUUUUUUCAGUCCCGCGUCCCGCCAACACAUCCGAAGUGACUGUCAAUUUUUUUUUUUGUCUUGGAUCAGAGCUUGCAUAGUUUGCCUUCCACAUCCUUAUUUUUGCAAAUGCUCUGCACUCCAUCUAGCCAAACUUCGGUGCUGAGGAAACAACGAGACGAUGUUCAUCUGUUUGCGUUUCUGGAGGACGCCUGGCGCACGUGAAGCGUCAGUUUUCAGCGCGGCUAGUCGUUUGUACAACAUGAGGUACAGCGGGCACACGGGAUUGCAUGUACUGCCUGUAGGCGAGGUUCUGUGUUUGAAACACUAGAAAGCAUUUGGACUCUUUGCAUAGUGUAUUUAUGACGGAGUUCUUUGUCGAGGGAGUGUUCUUCGAAGUGAGUAGAAGCCAAAGUUUCUGCCGGAUCACACAGAUGCAUUUGCAAGUCGCCUGCCGAGAACGAAGAAACACCCCCCGUACCCGAACAUGCCUUGGCCACAGGGUGCUAACGAGAUGGAACUGAAGCGACGCUUUUUUCUCUGUGAUUCUUUAGAACGAAAGCUUUAGGAUGUGAAAAAAAAGGAAACCCACAAUGUUUUUAGCUAGCUUAGGACUGUGUGUUGCCUGCAAGUCCUGUCGUGCUCUUACGAGAUGUUUCGCACUGUGUCAUUUUUUUUCUUAACGCGUUUUACCAUUGCCAAAUGUACACUCAAUUACGAAUGCACACUUAUGCAGCAAGAAAAAAAAAACACGCGAUGCUUGAAUGUAUUUGUUGUUCUCUGCAGUGUGACAACGUCACGGCCUGGACGUAUGUUUUGCAUACAAUCGAUGAAUAGCUCCUCUCUGUAGCAACAUCGCUUCUUCCGCAAACAAUGUUACGGCGAACAGAAACGAUAGGGCACAAAUUAUCCGUUCUGUGCCGUGGAAACUGGAUCUGGUGCACUUUGAAGCUUUGGUCUGGGCUGUUCGAACAGCGUAUGCUGGCGGUUGCGCAAUCACUUCACUUGCAAUGAAUUCCACUGGUCAUUUACGUGGAGGCACUGUAAUUUGUCAAACAGAUGCUUCAACCAUGGUUGGUUUUGCUGCGUCUGUAAUUUCACGUUGAAGCAGGAAAGAGAUAUGCAACGGAGCUCUUUGGGCAGGUGGACUUCAGCAAUGUGCUGCGGAGCAAGAUUUAACUUAAAACGCACUCCAGAAAAUGCAGAUCCGCUCCAAAUCGUCCAUUGGAAGACAACUUCUCCACUGGCAAGCAAGGACAAAAAAAAACAUAAAAGCCUGAUUCACGUCGGCCAGAGGAAUGCAUUCUUAGUCUCCUUUGUCUAGUCUGCACGAGUCACUGGCAAAUUUUUUUGUUCUUUUUUUGCAGAGUUGCGAGUCUAGUUGCCACUAUUGGUGUGCUCUAUCUAUAAUGUGCUGGCACGAGAACCUUAUUGUAAUGUCUUUAGGGCUUAGGUUGCACGCUGAGGCCAUCCUUAACUUUCAGCUUAUGCUGGGUGGCGUGUUUCUGGUGCCUGUGACCAUUUGCCUUCCACAUCUCUUAAAAAAUUUUUUUUUCUUGUCUGCAUGAACAUUGCGUGCAGGUGUUUCUAUUUUACGCUUGUUUAAAUUUAGUAAUGUCUUACACCGUCGUUAAUUUACUUCUGUUAAGUUUUUCAUUUGCGGCAAUAAUCUUGUGAGCAUUUUAUUUCAUAAAUUACUAUUGCGUUUUAGGUGGCACUUUGACAGGCGGCUCAGAUUGAAUGGCGGGAAAAUGUUUUCAAAGAUGGGGUGCUUUAUUAAGUUAGGAUGAUGAAGAUUUUGCUGAUUAUGUAUUUUCAUGCACUCAUAUGAAUAUGACGUGUGUUUUUAUGUGCACCAUAACAAUAAUUUUUAAUUAAAUAUGCAAACUUCAUUUGAUCACAUUUUUAACAAACUUGCUACUUAGAUCCUGCUGGACGAAAUGUCACCGUAUUCUACAGAUAUGAAAUCAAAGAGUAAUCUUAUGGUUCUAGCUUUCUAGAACAAAAGUUGAAUUGAGUUUCGGACAGCGACUUCUAAAUAAGCUUCGGAGUUCUUGUUUGAAUGACUGAGAAAAAGCACUUUUAUUAUUUCACCCUUUCUAAAAAUUUCCGAAGUAACAUUUGGCACUCUAUUGCGCUCGCUAAACACUCAGUUUUUCAGCAAGACAAAAAUGAUCAAAACUGAGUGUGCCAAAGCUGAGAAAAGCCUCUCAGAAAAUUGUAAGGUAAUGGGGAAAAAAAUGAAACAGUGAAAAUAGCAAUGAAUGAAGCACCAUCGGUUGUCAAUGUGAUAUAAAAGGCUGUUAUCUUUCAAAUAAUGAUCUAGGAUACAUGAAAAUGGGUGAGGUUGUGAGUCCAAAAAUAAAAUUUCCAGAAAAUAUAUCUUUUUUUAGGCAAUUUUAGGUCUCUAAAAGCACCAUUCCCCCUUAAAUUAUUGCACUAGGCAUUCACUGGCUUGAUUUCUGUACACCUUAAAAGGGAAGGUUGAAGGUACCGAUUUUUACAUUUUUUAAAUUCAGCUUUUUAUCUAGAAAGUUACUGUAAAAAAUCUUGAAAUGUGAGAACGAAACAAUGUUCAAAGCUGAUCAACUUCGCAACGAAGGCAGAUAUCACUCUCACUGAUACAUCUGCAGCAUCUGCACGCUUGUAGAUUAUCACUGGCAGCAAGUUCUAGACCUGAAAAAUUGAUAAAUGGUAAGCAAACCUAAAAUUCUUAUGAAUUUCACAUAAUCCGUAAAUUAAUGUAUUUAUAUUUACUCCCUUGUAACACUAAUAACAUCCCUAACCCUGGGUAGUGUUUUGAACAGGGCAAUUCAGUAUUUUUUUAAGGACCUAUUUUUAAAAAGGAAUUGCGCAUCAAAAGUGAACUUAUUUUGAAUUCUAUUCAAACUUAGUCUGCAUUAUCUUGAGGAGAGCAUUGUUUAAUGUUUAGUUUUAUAGUGAUGUUUGCACACACUAAUUGGCUAGUUACUGCAAAGUUAGAAGAUACAAGGCAUCCUCUUGAACUAUGCUACACUUC